CAAUGGCAGAUCAUGUUCUCUUCGUUGCCCUCGUUUUCGUGGCAAUUGUCUCGGCGUUCGGCGCCAGGAAUCCGGCACCGUCGCCGUCCCCUCAUGGUUCAUCGCCGUCUAAAGGGGGGUCCUCCUCACCACCUCAAAAGUCACCUCCUGCCCCUCCUCCUUCCUCCAAGCACUCCUCCGCCUCCUCCCCGUCUCCCUCCUCCAGCGGUGGCGGCUCCCAUGCUUCACCACCAUCACCAACCAAAUCCUCCGAUUCUGAACCACCCAAGUCAUCCUCCAGCGAUUCUAAAUCUCCUCCCUCUCCCAGCCCUUCCAGCUCUUCAGAAAAGAGCACCGGCAGCUCCCCCACCAAAAGCACCAGCACGAUGAAGUAA